AUGGGUGCCACUCACUCGUCCUCACGCGACUCGCACCACGGCUCCAGGUCCUCCUCGGGCUUCACCAUCCACAAGGGACGCUCCUCCUACUCAAAAGAGCGCCUCCGCUCCCACAGCAACAACAGCAUCCAUACCCCUACUCACUCUUACAACAACCACCACCAACACAAGCAACCUCAGAUGCACUACCCCUCUGCCAACAACAGCGCAAGCACCCUCAACACCAGCCACUACCUCUCGCCCGCGUCCUCCUCUCACGCUCACAACAGCCACCCUCAAUACCGCAACCACCACAGUGCACCCAUCCAUAGCCCAUCCUCCCAUCGCCAUGGCACUAUCUCCCCACCCUCCAGCAACACCUCCAAUAACUCCUCAACACUCCAAAAGGCCGUAACCCGGCGGAGAGCCUCAAGCCAGACAGUCGAGUCAAACAUCUCGUCCAGCUACGGCUCCACUCUUGUUGCCUCCUCCCCCGAUCGUCAACAGGCCUACCUUCCAAGGCACUCUGGCGAAGGGAAAGGUGCAGGAGGAUUUGGGCAAUCCCAGGACGAUCUCGAGUUCCGAUGGUACCAUGGACGACGCUACCACAACACUCCUAGCCACUAUAUGCUCCCCAAUGACACCGAAGAAGUCGACAGGUAA